GUCAGAGGCGUAACGGGGAUGUCGGACGCCGGUUAGCUUUUCAAAUGAGAUCCUUGCAGUUGCCAAGUAGCCUUAAAUUCCUCUCACACUGGUCAUCUUUUACCGCAGCGGGCGACGGACAAAAGCACCGGAAGGAAUGUCGUACUGCAAGCAGGAGGGUAAAGACCGCAUCAUCUUUGUGACCAAGGAGGACCACGAGGCUCCCAGCAACGCUGAGCUCAUUGCAGAUGACCCCAAUGAUCCUUAUGAGGAGCAGGGUCUGAUCCUGCCGAAUGGUGACGUCAACUGGAACUGUCCGUGCCUGGGCGGCAUGUCCAGCGGACCGUGCGGCUCUCAGUUCAAAGAGGCCUUUUCCUGCUUCCACUACAGUACGGAAGAGGUGAAGGGCUCCGAGUGCAUCGACAACUUCCGCAACAUGCAAGAGUGCAUGCAGAGGUACCCCGAGCUCUAUCCUCAGGAUGAAGAUAAAGAAAGCUCCUCCCAAGCAGAGUCCGGCUCUGGUUCCGUCUCCACCGACCCGACCGAGGGCUCCGCCUUACCCCCUGAAACUGACUCUACCACAGCCGCCUCAACAUCCGAGUCUGCCGUCUCGCCUGACAGCCCGUCACUCACAGACAACCAGACCGCCAGCUAAGGCCGGUCACCCGAGCUUCUGUGUGCAAGCACUGCCCAGCAUAACUGACUCUCCACGUCAGAGCUGUGACACCCGUGGGCAAUAGUUGCAGGCCAUCGGAGAAGGACUUUGUGACGGCAGAGAAACGUAGCGUUUGUACAAGAGUUUAGGCUGCUUUGUUUGCUGAGCAAUCAAAAAACAUUGAAUAAUAUGAUUUAAUGACAGCUGGCCAAGCUGUUCGCUGCAGGGACAUUAAUUGAAAGACUUUAUAUGCAAUUGGAAUUUAAUUUACUGCGUGUCAAUCAGAAUAGCUUGUUUGUUAGCGUUCAAUAUGUGUGUUGUUUGACAGAUCUAAACCGUAAUCACUGGAUUUUUGUUAUUUGAGCAAUGCUCAGCUUAGGAAUUCACAUUUUUGACUCUUACUAUGACGUAACCGUUAAUCUCUUUGCUUUGCAUCAUUUGAGAGACCAACAAGCAGGUAAUUGGUAAGAAAACAAGGCUACUGUUUCGGCUUCUGAGAUGUUUUUAGUUGUGUUUUUUGACAUCUUGUAGAAACUUCAGGGGUCUCAUCUCACCGCAUAUGAACAACGGUCGUCAUAUUUCCUAAUUGACUGUAUCUGUUCUAGACCAAAGUGGUGUUUUGGCACAUUCAACUGUCACUGUGUAAAUGUUCUUGUUGUCUUCUGUGUAGAGUCUGCAGUUGGAUGCUGUGGUCACUAUUCACUGACAUUCAGGCCUUAAAAGACUUGAUCGAUAUUUCUCAGACAUGUCCAGAUUAAAACUAUAAUCAAAGUA